CCCUCUUGAGCGAAUUGUGUGGGCAAGGCCUGUGGAGCACCAGCAGCAGUGAGUGGAAGCAAGACAACAAGCCAACAUGGGCAAUGUAGCAUCUGACAUGGCUACUUCGGCAGCAUCUUCAGCCUUUAUAUGCUCAAGUCGGUUCUGCCUUCGUCAUGGGAGCGGCGGCUGUUCAAGUAUGCUCUUCGUCGUGCCGUUGGUCCUUACCUCCUCUCCGAGCUACGAUUGGAUCAAUUAGAUGGCUCGGCUACAGAAGGUGCCCUCUCUCUCAAUGAUCUCGAACUCAAUCCUGUGGCUCUCAACUCGUUUCUCAUGCAAUCGCCUUUCAAGAUCUCCUCUGGCUACCUUGGCUCUGUCGCCGUAGAGCUUGAUUGGGCAAACCUGCUCGAUGCACCUUGCGAUGUCACAGUUGACCGCCUCGAGCUAGCUCUCGUCUCCAAUGAUUCGCUCUCGCCAGACUCCCCCCUUCAUCCAGACAAUCUUCUUGCCGCACACGCUGUUCUUGCCCCUCCCUCGGCAGAUGAGCUGGCAGAGGCAUUCAUGGCCGAAGAACGCUCUGCUGGUGUCGCCUCUGUCUUUACUGCGGAUCCGCUGGCAGACGCAGACUACGAGCCGGUCUCACCGACGGCCUCCUCACCGCCGCGCGAGAUGCCCCGUGCUGCCGCUUACGGCUCGGCCUCCGACUCAGCCGCACCGCCCGACGCCCUCGACGGCGUCGCCACCCUCGCCGACCUCAUCUACACCAUCGUCAACAAGGUCUCGGUCUCGGUCAACCAGAUCGCCAUCCGCCUCGAGCACUACUCGCCUCGUGCCUCUACCCGGUCCGUCAUCCUCAUCACCAUCCCACUCCUCAAGCUGGUCGACGAGACGCCGCCAGGCGGCUCGCCGCGCCCGCCGCUCUGGCACAAGGCCCUCCGCUUCUUCGGCUGGAAGGUCCAGCUUGUCGAGCACGACGCCCCGGUCCCGCCAGCCUUUGUCGGCGCCUUUGAUCCAGCCGAAUCGGUGCUCUUUGCUGCCGCCGCCGCUGUCACCGCUCCCGCGAGCGCGCCGCUGCCCACCAUUGCUGUCGGUGACCCGGCAACCGCCUCGGAGCUCCGUCUUACUCUCCGCAACGACAAGGCCGAUGACCCCCUCCCGCCUACCGCGGUCCCUGACUACGACCUCGACAUCCACAUCGCCUCGGCCUCGUUUGCUCUCUCCGCUGCGCAGCUGGAGCUCGUCCUCGAGGUUCUCGACGCCUACUCGCUUCCCACCCCUGCUCCGGACGCCGACGCUGAUGUCGACGCUGAGUGCCCGUCGCCGCCGUCGUCGCCAUCGCCGUUCCCACUCAAACUCCGAGCUCGCGUUGAUGCCGUCUCGCUCGUCCUUAUCUACGACGCCUUUUUCGAUCUUGUCGAUGCAGAGCUUGCCUCUGGUGCUCCCACCCCGCGCGGCUUUGCCACAGGCACCGAGUCAGACUGGGACGUCGACAACCCAGACCUCGCGUCGUCAGUCUCGUCGUCGUUUCUCGGCCUCGACCGCGACGACUCGGCCUCGCUCGCCACCUCGAUGUGUCGCUCCUCGCUCGCCUCCUCUGUCUGGCACUCGGCCGUCCUCGACGUCGUUGAGCCAGGAGACCUCGACUCGGCCCUUGCGUCGGUCGACCACAUGGCAAUUCAGCUUGAUGCUCUUAGCUGUGGCCUCUCGCUCGUCAAUGCUCCAGCGCCUGAGACCAACGUCGUCGUCACCGCCGCAUCACUAGCUGUCUCAGAAGUGCUCGCAGGAAAGUCGAUUGCUGUCGCCUCGCUUGCGCCGCCCUCGCCCGAGGCCGCCACCCUCGUCCCACAUGCUCUCUGCGCCACUGUGGUGCUUGGAUGUGCGUUACCGCCGCCGCCGCUCCGCAUCGAGCUCCUCCACCCACUCUCCCUCGAGCUGGAUCUCCGCAUUCUUGAUCGCUUGGGACCGUUCCUCGCGCCCUCGCCCGUUGUUGCCGCCCAUCGCAUGGCCUCACUUCUCGCAGACCUCGAUGCCAUUCGCAGCCAGCCGACCCCAUCGUUCUCCAUCGCAGAGCUUCUCGCCGCAAAGGCGCCGCUGGUCGACGCGCUCUUUGCCAGCCCCGCAACGCCUUCGGACGACGACCUUGCUGCAGCUCUUCCUAUCACGCUUGUCGUUCCUUUCGCGGCGCUCCAGCUCAAGUUUCCGGUCCUUGCCAGCACCCGCAAUGCUGUCCAUUCCGAGCGUCUGGUCAUCACGGCCAAGGACCUCGUCGUCGACAUCCCGCCCUCGCCCGACCUUCGCCUCGUUGUCUCCGCUAGCGAGCUCAACUGCGCCCUCGACGACCUCGACUUUGCUACUCUUGGUUCUCGUGACUCCCGCAUCACGCUCGACAUCGCCGUCUCAUCAUCUGUCUCGGUCAUGCUCGGUCUCGACGAGCCUGGUGACGAGCCCGUGUCGGACUCUCCGCCGGCAGUCCACGCCACCUCGGUCCCGCUCACCACGCCCGACGAGCCGCACCCGAUCUUUGGCGCUGCUCGGGCCUCGUCCAUUCGCGGCGUCUUCUCUACCCUCGUUUCCACCUUUGAGGGCGCCUCGCAGCGGUACGCCGCGCCCAGUCGCGCCGAGGCAGCCGACCUGCAGGCUGCCACCCUCGCCUCUGCUCAGUACGCCAUCACGGUAUCCCUUCCUGCUGCUGCCAUCACCCUCUCCAAGCGGACGUACGACAUCCUCUACGCCCGGUUCAUGGAGCUGCUGGCUGUCCUCGACGUCGCCGCCUCGCGUGACCUCGCCAUUCUCCGCCACAAGCUCGUCCAGGAGCGCAAGCUCAAGGCCGCCAUUGUUGCAGCGCGGACGCAAGACAUCCGCGACGCCGGAAGCGACGCCAACUCGCACUCCAACGACGAGUUCUUUGAUGCGCUCGCUGUCACCUCGUCGUCUGACGAGCUUGGUCUGCUCGAUCGCGCCACGCCACCGCCGCUCCUCUCAGCCUCGACCUCGUCGUCAGGCACAGUCUCGGACGACAUGCUCGAGUCAGCGCUCUUCCAGUCGAUGCUAGGUGUGGCGCCUGGUCACGGCAUGACUCAGGACGAGCUCGCCCGCUCGAUCCUAACCGCCGUCCCGCACCAGCGCCCACUCGACGACUCAGACGACGCCAGCGCUGAUGAGGCGCAACAGCCAGCCACCAAGCCGCACGUCGUCAUUCCGCCUGCUACCCAAUCACCGGCCGACGACACCUCGGCCUACGACCUGUUGCUUGCCUCGCAGCCGACUGCAGACUCGGGACUUGCCCUCCUCCUCACCGUCGACGCACUGAGCCUUGUUCUUGUCGAGGAGCUCGCCCCGUACGACAACGAGGCCGAGUCAUCUGACCACCUCCACACGUAUACCAUUGUCGCCGACUCGCUGCGGCUCUUUCAGGCCGGCCAGUUCCGCUCGCAGCACCUGGCGUACACCACGGUCGAGCUGAGCGGCAUCGCCGUUACCGACAACAGUGUCUCAGUCGUGCGAACGUGUCCGGUCCUCACCUCAAACGAUGCCGAGCGAGCUGGCGCGCUCCGCGUCUCGGUCCUCGGCAACGCCACCCCGCGCGCUGCACUUCCUGACAUGCUCAUUGCGCUUGAGGCGUGGCGGCUCGAGCUCGUCAUACGGCUCCAUGACGAGACCGCCACCCGAAUGGCAAGCUUCUUUGGCCCGCCGCUCGCUUGGCCGCAGGUGGCCUUCCCGCCGCUCCCGUCGACGCCUGGUGUCCUCAACUUUCAGGCCGUCGUUCACGAUGCUGCCCUCCGCUACACCCCGCGCCACCAUCCGGCCGCACUCAUUGUUGCCGCCUCGCAGCUCCGGGUCUCGACCAACAUGGUCGAUGGUGCCAAGAGCUUUGGCCUCGAGCUUGCCUUUCACGACGCCACCGGAUAUCUCCACGAUGACCAGACUGCGCUUGCAGAGCGCGAGCUUGGCCCGGCUGCGGAGAGCGCCUACUCGUUCGACGCUCACUUUGAACGCUGCCUUGGCGCCGCCCGCAUCGCCGCCCUCGACUACGCGCAGCUCUUCAUCCGCACCAGCGACGAGCCCGAUGUCGCCCGUUCCGGUCCGGCCUUUGAGCUCCGGGUCUCCAACGAACUCCUCCGCCUUGACCUCUGCCGCGACUCGCUCCACAUCGUCAACGAUCUCAUCACCUACCUCGGCGCAGGCAUGGACUGGCUCGAUGCCGACCAGCUGCAAGCUGCGCUUGACGAUGCCGCUGCUGCUUUGGAUGCCCGUAACGUUGCUCGUGCCCGUGCUCACGCCAACACCACCACCGUCGGCGCCACCGACAAUGUCGUUGUCGCGGCGCAGUCUGAGGCAGCCGCCGCUGCGGCCCCCGCCGCCGGCUCGCCAGACAUGUUUGACGCUCUUGAAGCUGAGGCUUUUGCGUCGGACGAUGGCUCAUCCGGGCCCGACCUCAUCGCGCUCGCUGCCGAAGAGCUGUUUCCCGGCGAGGCGCCUGGCGAUCGGAACGCGGCUGCCCUAACCGGUGGUGAGCCUGGUUUGGCCGCUCUCGGCGAGUCAAACGCCUCAGUCUACCACGACGCGCUGCCGAUGGUCGAGGAUUACUUUGGGCCUGGCGAGGCAGCUCGCGUCGCAGCACCACCGCAUCUUCGCAAAAAACGUGUGACCAUUGUGGAGACGCCGAUCGAGCUCCCGCCGUCGAUUCACGUCGGCGUCGCGCCUGCCGCUGACAAUGACGACGACUGGUUUGUCUUUGACAUCGAGAUUGACGACGACGCCGCAGAGUACUACGACACCGUCACAGCGUCGUCCAAGUCGGUCCCGGUCGGCGAGCUCCCCACCACCGUCCGGGUCAAUCGUCAGGCUGGCCUCGCCUCGGACACAACCAUCCGCUCGGUCUACAGCCUCGACCACGCAGACGCCGAUGGCGGCCGCGUUGUCGAGUCCGGGAACGUCACCAUUGUCUCGAGACUGAGCGCCGGUGAGGCCAUCCCUAUGGUCGAGAACUACUUUGCCCGUCCGGCGCUCCUGCCCGGGCGCGCCACCGGCGAAGCUGCGCUUGAGGACAAUCUCGACUCGGUCAUCACCCUCAACGACAUCAGCAUUGUCAUUGCCCUUCACGACGGCCUCGACUUUGGUGACGGUUCGGAGCCGCGCAUGGCCGAUGCCGUCGAGUUUUGCUUCUCGCACGCAUUUGUGCGGAGCGCGAGCUACACGCCAGCGUCGGCCAAAGUCUCGUCGCUCACAGUCUCCAUCAAGGACUUGGAGAUUGUGGACGGCCUCUCGUCGUCGGUCCACCACAAGGUCCUCACAUAUCUUGAGUCUGAGGAGACGCCGCGGCGCGCCGGCUCGGCGAUGAUCUCGGCUCGCUACGACCUCGUGCUCCCGGCCGAGUCGGCAUCGGCCGCCGAUGCCGAGGUCCAGCUCAAGGUCUCGCUCCUCCCGCUCCGGCUCAACAUCGACCAGGACGUCGCCGAGCUUGUCGUCUCGGCCGCGCUCCAUAGCGCCCGGCCCGAGCUCCGCGGUGUGCUGGAGCUUGUCGAACAGCACGCAGCGGUCUCGGUCGAGCUGGCCGCGGGUGAGUCUUGCUCGGCCGAAUACUCGGCCGACGAUGACGCCGAGAGCGAGGAGACAUUUGUCCAGUACGUCGAGAUCUCCAAGCUUGAGCUGCGGGUCGACUACAACCCAAAGCGACUCGACUACGAGCGACUGUGGAACCGCGAAGGCGUCGAGGACGUGUUGCAGUUCUUCAAUCUUGUGCCUAUCGACGACAUGGCGCUCGUUCUCGCUCCGGUCAAGCUCGCCGGCAUGGCAGGAUGGCCGGCAGUCGUUGCAGGGAUCAUCGAGGUGUGGCGGCCCAAGGACCGCUCCGACGUCCUUCGCAUGCUGCCGGGCCUGGUGGGUGGCAUCUCGCCGCUGCGGCCCAUCAUGAACGUUGGGACCGGCUUUGCUGAGCUUGUCAUGCUCCCCAUCGAGCACUACCAACGCGACGGGCGGGUCAUGUACGGCCUCCAGCGCGGGGCGACAUCGCUUCUCCGCCGCGCCGCCUUUGAGGCUGCAAAUGUUUCGGCCCACCUCUCGGUCGGCGCCCAGGUUGUCCUCGAACAGGCUGAUGACCUGCUCACUCCCGCCCACCUCUCCAACCGCGACGGGCCGUCCGUCUCCAAGUUUGCCGCUCAGCCGGGCUCGGUCUCUGAAGGCGUGCGCGAGGCAUAUCGCUCGUUUACCCGUGGCCUCACAGACGCCGCUGCCACCAUCUUUGCCGUUCCCCUCCGUGAGUACCACCAAACUGGCACUGGCGGCAUGGUCAAGUCGGUCAUUCGCGCCGUCCCGGUUGCCAUCCUCCGCACCGGCAUGGGCACGACCGAGGCGCUCUCCAAGACCUUGCUCGGCGUCACAAACUCGCUCGAUCCGUUCCGCUUCCGUAAGCUCGCCAUCAAGUACAAGGUCCCGCCCCGUCAAUGAACGCCCAGACGCACCACCUCGUGCGAGAACCGU